GAGAGUUUCUGUUGCCCGCGCCACUGACUAUCUCAGCUUGGGAGCCCCACCGCUUUAUCCGAAGGCAGCCAAGAACCCAGCCGUGUUAGCAGGCGAGCACCCCUGCUUAGGUUUGCUGGAUACCGAGAGUUUGCUCGGUUGAGUUCCUGUGGACACGCGUCGUGCCUCCCGUGGCAGGACUCCCAUUUGUAACGCGGCCGGUCCGAGUUUCUGGUCUUCUGAGAAAGGACUUGCAACCGGUAGUGUCGUGGCAGAUCCCGAAGUGCAAGGUCCUCAUAACAGCCACGCCCCUUCUAAGAUUUUACAGUAACUUAAAAAAUUAUACAAGAAUCAUUAUUAGGCCCCAAACAACAGGAGGGGAUGGCCUCUCUCUAUCGCCUCUUACUGAUCCCCACACGCCUGAUGCUGAAGGUCUCUAAUGCCGUGUCCUGGCUGGUUGUGUAUAGUGCCGCUUCCCUUGCUGCUGCCUUCUACUGUUGGUGGGCCCUAUCGCUAGUGGUGUCUAGGGGCCCUUUCCAAGUGCUGCGCAAGAAGAGACGGGAGACUCCACCAAGAUGCCUCACUGAUGCCUCGCAUGGGGAGCACGGCUUUGUGACACUAAAAAAUUCAGGGCUGCGUCUCCAUUAUGUUGCUGCUGGGAAGGAAGGAGCUCAGCUGAUGCUUUUCUUGCAUGGAUUUCCCCAGAACUGGUUUGCAUGGCGCCAUCAAUUGCAAGAAUUUAAGUGGGCCUAUAAGGUGGUGGCCCUCGAUUUGCGGGGCUAUGGCUUUUCCGACGCACCAGCUGGUUGUGAGCACUAUCAGAGGGAUGCUCUGCUGGCAGAUGUACAUGAUGUCAUUGAAGCUCUGAGCCCCAAUAAGAAGAAUGAGAUUCCUAAGUGCAUCCUGGUGGGGCAUAACUGGGGAGGAAUCAUAGCUUUGGCAUUUGCUGCCAAUUACCCCAAUAUGCUGGAGAAGCUGAUUGUCAUGGAUGCUGUUCAACCACAUGUUUUAUUAGAAUAUUUUCCACGACAUCCCACCCAGCUGCUGCGAUCCAGCCACAUGUUUCUGUUCCAGCUCCCAAAGCUCCCAGAGUUCCUGUGGUCCUUAAAUGACUUCUACCUAAUAAAAUUCAUCAUGACUGGCAAGAAGACAGGAGCCCAGAACCCAGCACGCCGUUUGACAGAUGAGGAGCUAGAGGCUUACCUGUACAGCCUGUCAAAGUGUGGAGGUUUAACACCAGUCCUGAAUUACUACAGGAACCUGUCCACUUGGGUUCCUGCAAAGUGCAAGGAUAUUCUGGUGCCCACCCUGCUGAUCUGGGGAGGAAAGGAUGGAUUCCUGGAACAAGGGCUUAUCCCCUGUAUUGAGCAGAAUGUGCGGAAGAGCAUCAAGGUGCAGCUCAUCCCUGAAGCCAGCCACUGGGUUAGUGAGGAGCAUCCUGAAAAAGUCAAUCAAAUGAUGUGGGCUUUCCUCCAUAAGAGAGACUGAAAUGGAAAGAGGGAGUAACUGCAUUCUGUACUACAAGCAUCCCUCCCACCCAGGAAAUGACAACAGCAGGCAUUUGACCUGAUGCUGGAGGUCUGAUCCUACCCUGUGUCCUGUGGAAUGUUUCUACACCAUAUUGGAACAUGAGUUCCAUGCAGCCUUUAACUGGUUUUGCUGCAAGUCUGUGUUCUUUGCACUACAAUAAAAAGGAUUUGAUUCAGG